CUCCAGCCCUGCCCAGCGCACCACCAACACCUGGCACCGUCCUCCUCCGCCGUCGUCACUCGCUCGAUCGCUCCUCCAUCCAUGGCGCCCAAGAACGCUCUCCCCGCCGCCAGCGGCAUGACGCUGGAGCCGAGGUACCGCGGCGUCCGGAAGCGCCCCUGGGGACGCUACGCGGCGGAGAUCCGGGACCCGGCCAGGAAGGCCCGCGUGUGGCUCGGCACCUUCGACACCGCCGAGGCCGCGGCGCGCGCCUACGACGCCGCCGCGCUCCACUUCCGCGGGCCCAAGGCCAAGACCAACUUCCCCGUCGCGUUCGCCACGGCCACGGCCACGGACACGCGCGCGCUCCCGCUCCCGCUCCGGCUCCCGCUGCCGCCGCCGCCGCCGCCCAAGAAGCUGGCCGUGAGCCCCAGCGGCAGCACCGUGGAGUCGUCGUCCCGGGACUCGCCCGCCGCGCCGGCCCCCGCGCCGUCGCUCGACCUGAGCCUCGGCAUGCCGCCCAUGGUGGCCGCCCAGCCGUUCCUGUUCCUGGACCCGAGGCUCGCGGUGACCGUGGCCGUGGCGGCGCCCGUGCCUCGCCGGCCGACCGCUGCUGCCGCGGGCGCGGGCGCCAGCAAGCAGGCAGCAUACUCCUGCUGCCGUGAAGACGAGCAGAGCGACACCGGGUCGUCGUCAUCCGUGGUGGACGCCUCCCCGGCGGUCGGCGUGGGGUUCGACCUCAACAUGCCGCCGCCGGGCGAGGUGGCGUAGCUGGACCGCGGCCGCAGCGCCCGAUGCCGCGACGGCUUUUUUUACGUAGAUGUUGAUGUUGGUCACUCGAUCGUUUAAUUUGCCUGCCCGCGAUGAGUUACUAGUAGGUGUACAUAGAUGCUCUCUUUUUUUUUGCAUCGGCAGGCUACGUGGUAUAAACAGAAGCUACUGCCUGGCGGUGUUAUUACAAAACAUGAUACGAAAGCGUUUUGUCCCUCUCCCUCCUCAUUUUUUUCAUCUGUAACAUAUUAUUCGCUCUUCGUA